CCGCUCACCGGUCCGUAUAAAUACUUCCGCCAUUUUCUCCAUUCUAGAGAGAGAAACUGAGAUUCUAGAGAGAGGAAGCAAGGGUUCUAGAGAGAGAAACAGGAGGAAUGCAACGGCAGCCAUAACUUUAACAUAGAAAGAGAGGACGUUCCACGGCAUCUUUCUAAAAGAGGGUUGGACCUCUGGAAGGGAGAAACAUUUGUAGGCAGAUAUUGUAGAGAGAGAAAGGACUGCAAUAGAUUUGAGAGAGAGAGAGAGGAUGCAGGGAGGGCAUCUGCUUUUGGAGGAGCCUAUGAGGCUAAGCUCUGUUCUAACUGCUUCUAAACCUAACUUCUUGUCAUCAUUAACCAAAAUUGUUGGGACACUUGGACCACAGUCACGUUCUGUUGACGUGAUUGAAACAUGCCUUAAGGCUGGAAUGUCAGUUGCCCGUUUUGAUUUUUCCUGGCUAGAUGCUGAAUACCAUCAGGAAACUCUUAACAAUCUGAAGACAGCAGUGAAGCGCGUAAAAAAGCUAUGUGCUGUUAUGCUGGACACUGUAGGUCCUGAGCUAAAAGUAUGCAAUAAGAGUGGAAAUCCAAUUGCCCUAAAAGAGGAUGACUAUGUCACUCUUACCCCAGACCUUUCUAUAGAACCCUCAACUGAUGUAUUACCUGUUAAUUAUUCUGACCUUGCAGAGACAGUGAAAAAAGGUGACACUAUAUUUAUUGGCCAAUAUCUCUUUACAGGAAGUGAGACAACCUCAGUUUGGCUCGAGGUGGUUGAUACAAAUGGGCAAGAUGUCAAUUGCCUCAUUAAGAACAGUGCUACCCUUGCUGGCUUUAUUUUUACGAUGCAUGUCUCCCAAGUCCACAUUAAUCUGCCAACUCUGACUGACUAUGAUAAGCAGGUUAUCUCAACUUGGGGAGCAUAUAACAAUGUUGAUUUUGUUUCCCUUUCAUAUACUCGCCAUGCAGAGGAUGUGAGAGAGCUUAGAGCUUUUCUUGCUAAUCAUAGCCUUCAACAAACCCAGAUUUUUGCUAAAGUUGAGAAUGUAGAGGGAUUGAGGCAUUUUGAUGAGAUCCUCAAUGAAGCAGAUGGUAUUAUCAUUUCACGUGGGAAUCUGGGGAUUGACCUUCCCCCUGAAAAGGUGUUCUUGUUCCAGAAAUCUGCUGUUUAUAAGUGCAACAUGGCUGGGAAGCUGGCAAUUGUUACAAGAGUGGUGGAUAGUAUGACGGAUAAUCUACGCCCAACACGUGCUGAAGCCACAGAUGUGGCAAAUGCUGUUCUUGAUGGAACGGAUGGCAUUUUACUGGGUGCCGAGACUCUUCGGGGACUCUAUCCUGUCGAGACAAUCAAAACAGUUGGCAGAAUAUGUGCAGAAGCUGAGAUUGUUUACAACCAAGCUCUUAUUUUUAAAAGAACAUCCAAGUUUGUUGGAGAGCCAAUGAGUCAUGCGGAAUCAGUUGCUUCAUCGGCGGUACAAACUGCAAUAAAAGUAAAGGCGGCUGUUAUUGUUGUGUUCACAUCAUCAGGGAGAGCUGCCAGGCUGAUUGCAAAAUAUAGGCCUACAAUGCCUGUCUUAGCCAUCAUUAUUCCACGGCUUUCGACAAAUUCUUUGAAGUGGAGCUUCUCUGGAACAUCCCAAGCGAAACAAUGUCUUGCGCUGAGGGGAGUAUAUCCUAUCCUUGGAAAUCCUAGUACUGUGGCUGGUCCUGCUGGUUCUAGUGAUGACUCAGGGCUCGCGAUUGCAAUGCAGCAUGGCAAGGCAAUAGGCAUGGUCAAGCCCCACGAUCGUGUGGUCAUCUUUCAGAAAGUAGGUGAUUCAUCGGUUGCGAAGAUAAUCGAGCUCCAUGACUAGUAUGCUGUGAUUAUUUUUUUUUUAUUUGAAACACAGUUCACAUUUACAUUGUUAUUCUAAUUUUUUGCCAUAUUGGGCAAAAUUGUGGUUUGGCUGUAAUUUUCUAAUUUUCACAUCUUUUGUUAUUUUAAGAUGAAACCAAGUAUUUUUCUGUGCACCAA